AUGCUUGAUGCCGAGAACAUACCUUUUGAUGAAAUGCUACUAAAUUUCUGUGUUUGUGAAAACAUACCCUUCGACUCAAAAGUGCUCAUAGUUAACAGAGUAGAGUAUACAGUUGCCGGCAAUCAUCAGACAGUAAAAAAAAAUAGAGGAAGAGACGAGAUUGAUAUAAUUUCAAAAGAGAUCACCCUGGACAUGUCUUUAAAACUUUCUAUAAGCAACAUUCAAGUCAUGUUUGACUAUCAAGACUAUUGUCUAGCACUGGUAAAAGAAAAACAGGUUUUGGACGAAGAUAAAAAGAGCAGAGGUACUCCUGAGGGUUCACUGGGGGUCUGUCCAGGAAGCCGCCUAGGAAAAAAUAUAGAUGUAUCUUACAUGCCCAUAUAUAGACACAAGUCUCUGCAAUAA